AUGCUGGGGUUCAUUCGUACCAGCGAGAGCUUGGGCUCUCAUUUGCUGGGACGGGGAGGCACGGACAUACUGGAACCUGGUCAGAUUGACUUGGGCGAUCAUGAGAUCUCCAAUGCACAAGACGACAGAGGGCACGACAUUGGGGCUGGUCCCCGGGUCGAGAGCUUUGAGGAUGUGAAGAGACAUUUCAACGCUAUCCUCCGAGAUGGCCAACCAGACCAGGUGAUGGAUGCGAUGCUUGAUCCUCGCUUUGAGAGCUUGGUUUGCUUGAUGCCACCCAGCACCUUUGUCGAAGUCUUUCAUCUCCUCUCCCCGGCUUACUUUAUCGAUCCCUAUCGGGAAAUCCAUCGUCCCAUUCAUCCGUCGGCUGUUGAUGUCAAGCAGUACAAAUCACUGGACUCGAUUUUCGACGAGUUUGCCAGUAACCUUUCUGCCAUCCUGCAAAUUAGGUGGGCGGGCGGCCAACCCUUGGGCCUGGCUGAGUACACGCACCUGCUCAAUUGCGCACGCUCAAUGGGCGAUGCUAUCAUGGCAGACUAUAUCUGGCAAACAAUUAGGGAGGAUGGAAUGGUGCCAGAUUCCCAGUGCUAUAAUUACUACAUGGAGGCGAAAGUCUGGGAUAGAGCAUAUACCGGCUUGGAGAAGUAUCGCCUCAGAAUGACCCCUUAUCUGUAUCGGAAGAGGAGAUUCUUCGAACCCAACCCCGGAUGGCAAGGUUACGGUACGGCUGCCCGAAGUGUGAGAAAAGAAGUGCUGCAGAUCUUCAACGAGAUGACACAGGAGGGUACCUCGGGGGACACCACCACCUUUGUCAAUGUGAUCCUUGCGUCAAGCCGAGUUGGCCAUAUGCAAGGAAUCAAGAAUGUCCUGCACACCGUCUGGAACAUUGACGUCGAUGCGCUGCUAGACCAGGUCGACGAGUCGAUGCUUCCAGAAGUGACCCCAUACGACCGUUCCUCACCGCUGUACCCCACAAACCACCUGCUGUUCGCCGUAGCUCAUGCCUUUGGCACCAACAAUGACAUCCCUGCCGCGCUGCGCACCAUAGAUUUUAUUUCGAACAAAUAUGACAUCCCGGUGCCGGAGAAUGUCUGGCUCGAGUUAUUUGAGCGAUCGUUCGUUUUGUCGCGUCCGAGGUUUGGCCCCGACGCUGAAAGAAAUGCGAAGGGCCAGGUUUCAUAUGACUUCCUCAACUCCAUGUUCGAAACAAUGACUUCCGAGCCUUUCAACGUGCGUCCAACAAUCGAGGUGCACCAUAUCCUCGCCAAAACUGCGUGGGAUCGCGCCAGGCUGUCGGAAUUCCAGCACCAUAUGGAAGCUGCGUAUAAUAUUCUAAGGGAGACAAGAAAGAAGAGAAGAACUGCGAGGUCGAUCAUAGAGGCGUAUCUAGGACAGGCACAAACGGAAAUCCUCAAAUCACGAGCCUUUGCAGAUGCUGUGCACGCAUAUGACAUUCUGCGCUUGCGCACUAUGCAGCAAACCGUUGUCAUGGAGCGUCUUGCAAGACUAUUGCUGAUUCACCAUCGUUGGCUGGGUCGUCGGAACCAAGCGUGGGAACGGACCCUUCUUCCACAGGCGCUGGAAGAAUGGCGAGACUUUUUGCCGGAGUCCGUGGUAUACCAUACCCGAGGAGGGCUCGUCGAAUUCGAUGGUGCUACCUCUUGGCGCCAGCGUAAUAUUAGAUCCCAUGACAGAGUACCAGUCCGGCGGCCAACCUUCGGAAUGAACUUCGAGCUUGAUGACGACGCAAACGAUAUAGACGACGACAUUUUCUGGGAUUAUUAUCGACAAUCUUCCCCGCAUCUUGACAUGUCCAUUCCACCCCUGAGAAGGCUUUUCGAGGCUGUCCACGAAGACAAUGUCAGUAGCACUUACGACGACGAAGCUUUCCUGGAGGAAGAACUGGGAUACGAAACUGGCGAGUAUGAGAUCCCUAGAGUUACCGCAAGGACGCCCAGACAAGCGCGCUCUACCACUUGGGAACGCCAAACAGGAGAGGACGAUCCCAUAACCACAGGUCCGGGUCCUCUCUCAUGGGCUUGAUUCUAGCUCAUAUCCGAGCCACUUCGCUUUCUUUCACUUUCUUCAUCACCACCUUCUUUUUCUUCUUUCCCUCCUUUUCUAUGACUUCGAUUGUGACUUUCAUCUCCGCAUCUGGAAAAGUUAACAAUCCGCGAAUACCUUCACUCAGCCCUGAUUUCUUUCUUUCGCUUUUCUUUUCUUCGUGUCCUGAAGCGGGAUAUAUGAUGAGCUGAUCUUUGGCUGUCAGUUAUGAUACCUCAUGUGUGCAUGUAUUGCCUUACCUGAGCGGAUACCCUGUCUAUAUGACAUGUUACAUAUUGAGC